AUGCCCCAAUCCCAAACCCCCGGGCUGGACACGCUUGCGGAGGGGUCACAGUAUGCUCUGGAACAACUCCAGCUAGCACGGGAAGCUGGCGCAGCCAACACCCCUUCAGACCUCGCUCAAUCGCUCCCUGAUUCCAAAGUCCCGCAUACCCAGCAUCUCCUAUAUAGUGAACAAGACGCCUCCGGUCUGAAAGGUCCACAAUCGCGUGACAGCCUGGCGGAGGCUCGCUCCGUAAUUCGCAAGAACUCGUCUGCAACUCCGGUCCGGCGGAGAAUUAGCCGGGCGUGCGACCAGUGCAACCAGUUGCGAACCAAGUGCGACGGGCAAAAUCCAUGCGCACAUUGCGUUGAGUUCGGACUCAGUUGCGAAUACGCCCGCGAGCGCAAGAAACGCGGGAAAGCAUCGAAAAAGGAUAUAGCUGCAACCGUCACCACCGACAGCGAAGUUGGUAGCAAAGACAGUGCGACACAUACCCAAAGCCAGCCCUCGAACGGCCAUUCUAUCACCGAGUCCAACGAACGCUACGACCCAGCCUUUGAUGCUGCCCGCACUUUAUCCGAAAGCGCACAAUCACGACCACAUAACGCUGAGAUACCUGGCUUGCCUGGGAUGCGCCAAAAUCAGACACCAGUACAAGCUUCGCAGCAGCAGAUUAGCUCUAGCAUGGCAAGUAUACCCUUCAGUCACUACGAAGCACUACAGGAAUCACAUCGACCACCAAUGCCCGUACCCGAUUUGCGCUCUUUACAUAUGAUGCAAUCUGCGAGUGCAAACCCUCGGUCGCCUGGCUCAAUGCUUCAAUCUCAAGCCUUUGGAUCAAGUUAUAACGAUGGUGCGUACCCUCUUAUAAAUGCACAAGAGGCAAACCCAACGUCCAUGAACCAGUUCCGCCUCGGGAACUCGGCGGAGAAUCAUCCAGCUUCAUUCCUAGGGUUUUCUCCGCCGGGUCAAUCGCCCAGUUGGCUGCCGCUCCCUUCUCCGUCUCCCGCCAAUUUUCCAUCUUUCAGCAUGCCACCUUUCUCUAGUUCGUUGAGAUACCCCGUUUUGCAACCAGUUCUUCCACACAUCGUGUCUAUAAUCCCUCAAUCGCUCGCCUGUGACCUUCUCGAUGUCUACUUUACCAGCUCUUCUUCCUCGCAUCUAUCUCCGUCAUCCCCGUAUGUUGUGGGUUAUGUUUUCCGCAAACUAUCCUUCCUACACCCCACAAAACCGCGGGCGUGUAGUCCCGGUCUUCUCGCUAGUAUGCUAUGGGUAGCUGCGCAAACAAGUGAAGCUGCAUUUUUGACAUCUCCUCCCUCUGCUCGUGGGCGUGUUUGCCAAAAGCUUUUGGAAUUGACUGUUGGCUUGCUUAGACCACUGAUUCAUGGGCCUGCAACUGGCGAGGCAUCCCCCAAUUAUCCCGCUAAUAUGGUGAUCAACGGGGUCGCUCUAGGUGGAUUUGGUGUAUCAAUGGACCAAUUAGGCGCCCAGAGCAGUGCAACUGGCGCUGUGGAUGAUGUUGCUACGUACGUCCACUUGGCCACUGUCGUUUCUGCUAGCGAAUACAAGGCUGCAAGUAUGCGAUGGUGGACAGCAGCUUGGUCUCUUGCACGAGAGCUCAAGUUGGGUCGCGAACUUCCGCCGAAUGCGACAACUCGCCAGGACGGCGAACUAGAAGGCGAAGGCGAACUUGAUGUGAAUGGCAAACGGCAACCAUCCCAGCUCAUGGGCCAUGGUCCUGGUAACUCGACUGUCAAUCUCACAGAAGAGGAACGCGAAGAGCGCCGUCGCAUAUGGUGGUUGUUAUAUGCCACUGAUCGCCAUCUAGCGCUCUGCUAUAACCGUCCUUUGACUCUUCUCGAUAAGGAGUGCGAGGGUUUAUUACAACCUAUGAACGACGACAUCUGGCAAACGGGGGAUUUCUCGUCAGUCAACUACCGUCGUGCCGGUCCCUCCUUUGAGUGCACAGGUCACAGCAUGUUCGGAUACUUUUUACCACUGAUGUCUAUACUGGGUGAAAUUGUGGAUCUUCAACAUGCUCGCAACCACCCACGAUUCGGUCUUCAUUUCCGUAACAGCGGUGAAUGGGAAUACCAGGCGAUGGAAAUCAGCCGACAGCUCGAUGUUUACGCCCAGAGCUUGAAAGAGUUUGAAGCCCGGUUCACGAGCUCCCUUGCUCUCGGUCCAGAGACCGAUACUGCCAUGGAAGGAUCCAAUCUCAAUCAUGUCAGCCCGUCGGGUCGAUCGAGUAGUACUGUCGGAUCGCAUGUUAGCGAGUCUAUCGUCCAUACAAGGAUGGUAGUUGCUUAUGGCACCCACAUCAUGCACGUUCUUCACAUCCUGCUGGCUGGAAAAUGGGAUCCGAUCAAUCUUCUCGAUGAUAAUGACCUCUGGAUUUCAUCUGAAUCGUUCAUUACGGCCAUGGGACAUGCUGUCAGCUCUGCUGAAGCCGCUUCGGAUAUUCUAGAAUACGACCCCGAUCUGAGUUUCAUGCCCUUCUUCUUCGGUAUAUAUCUGCUGCAAGGUAGCUUCCUCCUACUUUUGACUGCAGAUAAGUUGCAAGGUGAUGCUAGCCCAAGUGUGGUUAGAGCAUGCGAGACUAUCGUACGAGCACAUGAGGCUUGUGUUGUGACGUUGAACACUGAAUAUCAGCGAACUUUCCGAAAAGUAAUGCGCUCGGCUCUUGCUCAGGUCCGCGGUCGUGUCCCAGAAGACUUUGGCGAGCAGCAGCAGCGCCGGCGUGAAGUACUGGCCCUUUACCGCUGGAGCGGGGACGGCAGUGGCCUUGCGCUCUAG